CAAACACGAGCAAGAGGCAGAGAAACGAGAGGAGAGGGAGGACCAGUAAGGUCCAGCAUACUUUUUUUGUUUUUCUUUUAUUUUUUAUUUUCUUUUUUUUUUCUUUCUGUGUAAUAGUAACAAAAUCUUGAGUGUAAGAAAAGUGCAGCAUAAAUAAAUUAUUGCAUUAUUAUAUGGGUUGCACCCUGUGUACGGAUUGCUGUGGGGACGAGCCGGAGCCAGAGGCGCUCAGUGGGACACUAAACAAGGAGAGGACACACAACAGGAUCAACAUGAGACUCACCAAGGCAGGGAAGGGCGAGCCCCAUGAGUUUAAGGAAAAAACAUUCAAGAAGAAGCGCCAGUGUGGGGUGUGCAAGCAAAACAUCGAAAGUCUGGGAUCCUUCUGCCGAGUCUGCAAAACAGCUACUCACAAGAAAUGUGAAAGUAAGGCCAGCACACCCUGUACCCCGGCCCCAUCCUCAGAUUUGCAGCGGAGAGGAACGACAUCCUCACGACACAUUCAGCAUCUGGGCUCAACCAAAUCUCUGACAUACACCAAACCGAGGAGUACUUUACCCAGGAGUCUAAGUGUGGAUCGGGUGAUGGACAGGGUGAUGGAACGCCACUAUGACUUCGACCUCACCUACAUCACUGAGCGUAUCAUCUCUGUCUUCUUUCCCCCUCUGCUGGAUGAGCAGCGUUAUCGCCUCAAUCUCAAAGAGGUGGCAGCUAUGCUCAAGUCUAAACACCAGGACAAGUUUUUGUUACUAAAUUUGUCUGAGAAAAGGCAUGACAUCACACGACUUAACUCCAAGGUCCAUGACUUCGGCUGGCCAGAUCUACAUGCACCCCCACUAGACAAAAUCUGUUCCAUGUGCAAAGCCAUGGAGACAUGGCUGAACUCUGACCCCCAGCAUGUGGUGGUCCUGCAUUGCAAGGGGAACAAGGGAAAGACAGGCGUCAUCGUCGCAGCAUACAUGCAUUACAGCAAGAUCUCCGCAGGGGCAGAUCAGGCUCUCAGCACACUGGCAAUGAGGAAAUUUUGUGAGGACAAAGUGUCAUCUUCUCUCCAGCCUUCUCAGAACAGAUAUAUAUACUAUUUUGGUGGACUUCUCUCAGGGGCCAUAAAGAUGAACAGCAGUCCACUUUUCCUCCAUCAGGUUCUCAUUCCCACCAUCCCCAAUUUUCAUUCUGAUGGAGGGUACUUGCCCUUUAUGAAGAUCUAUCAGUCCAUGCAGCUGGUCUACACUUCUGGCAUUUAUGAUUUGCAGGGUUCAACAGGCAGAAAGCUGUGUGUGACCAUCGAGCCUGCUCUGUUGCUGAAAGGAGACAUUAUGGUAAAGUGCUAUCACAGACAACUUCAGGCCACUAGGGACACAGUGUUCCGCCUCCAGUUUCACACCUGCACCAUUCAUGGAUCACAGCUCUGGUUUGGGAAAGGAGAACUUGAUGAAGCUUGCUCAGAUGACCGAUUUCCCUCUGAUGCCACUGUGGAGUUUGUCUUUUCUUCUGGGCCAGAGAAAAUUAAAGGGCGAGAAUACCAGCGGAAUGACCCAGCAGUCACAGUUGACUAUAAUACAGCUGAUCAAGUGGUACGCUGGGAUUCUUAUGACAACUUGAAUCACAGACAUGGAGACAAUCAAGAUGAUAUUGCACACACUCGAGGGCCUCUGGAUGGCAGUCUGUAUGCUCAGGUGAAGAAGCGACGUGCUGCUUGUGCUUCCUCUUCCUCGUCCACCAAUGGUAGUCCAGGGAAAAUCUAUGAUGAGAGACAAGGUCAUCCCCUGUCACUUAGCACAGAUUCUGGGCAUUCAUCAGCUCCACCUGAACGUCUUGAAGAUUCACCCAGAAGACCACCACCUACUCAACAAGAACGCGAGGAAUUGGAGCGGCUUCUUGGAGGUAUUGAGGGAGAGAGGACUAGCAGGGAUCGUGAUCGUGAGACAGCAAUUUUGGAUGAUGGAGACUCAUUCCCACAAGAAAAUACUGGAUCGCUGCGCUUGGCUCGCUCAUGUUCUUGCCGCAUGGGCUACAGAUCACAGCGAUGCUCUGAAUUCCAUCACUUACCCAACGGGUACUGCUUGGACCACUCAACUCCCAGCAACAACCACACAGCAGUAUCUUCACCAAACAUGUUAGGUCUGUGCCAACACCACAGUGGUCAUUCUGUGCACCAGCCACUCCCACCUCCAGACCUGCUGUGGGACCGACAGCAAAGCACUCAGCACUACCUGCAUGGUCCUUCUAGACAUGCUUGCCCUUAUCCAUCCCAGGAGCUCUGCCCUCACCCUCAUUCACUUUCCCCUAGUGGAAGACUGCUGUGUCGAUCAGAUGAAUUCCUCCCGUACACCCAGGCACAACACAACCAUCCACACCACUCGAAAGCACCUGGACCCUACCAUGAUGUGAUGCUUGUAGACAGCCUUCUACCACCUCCUAGCUGCCCAUGCCGGGAUUGCUGCUUGAGACGAGAGGACUUUCACACUUUACGACUCGACAGAGGAGAAGUAUUGCACUGGGAAAGGGAAGAGCUCAAUCGAGAUGGUGGAUUAAGGCGAAGCAGAGGACCAGAUGUUCCAAGACAGACAGAAGUGCACUGGGAGCAAGAGGCAGGGUUAAGACAAGGUCGGGAGGUCUCACUACAUUGGGACAGGGACAGAGAGGCAGAACUACAAUGGGAGCGAGAACGAGAAGCUGAGUACUGGCACCGAAGAACUACCUUGCCACCAUAUGGCCCCUCAAGUCAUGAGCCUGCUUUCACAUUUGACCCACUGCCCCAGGGUCACCCUGCAUUUCCUGAACCCUCAAGAUCACUCAGUCAUGCCCACCUGGAUAUAAAGUAUAGCAGUGGCUCCAGCAGCUACCAGACAUCUCACCAGAUGUGCCCCUGCUCACCCUACCAGCCCUCGCCUUCUGAGAGUCGUGGCUACGCUUCAGGAUACCAGUCAGACUCCACGUCUCCACUGCCUCAUAGCUACUCCUCUUGCUAUAGCCAUACAGACCCCCACCAGCAGCACUACACCACCAACACACACUCAGAUGGUUCUGGAGUUCCAGGUGAGAAUGUAGGAUGGCGGGACCAUAUUACCCAUGGUUCCUUGAGGCGGCUACAUCGUGAAGCACAUGGACCAUGCUCCACCCCCUCAGAUAUAUCUGGACCACCCACUCCAGUCCACACCAGCAGCCCAACGCAUACACAAGAGAGCCCCAGUCUGAGUGUACGGGAUCAGGAGGCCCGAUCAUCAGAGAUGAGCACAGUCAGCACCUCACACCAGGAGAGAACAAACCCAUCUCUACAGAUAAAUCUGUCAAACUCUGGGCCAGACCCUCAUAAAGUUGGAAGUCCAUCCACAGAGCCUCCUAAAUCAUGCAUGUCCAUCCCAGAGAAACACUGCAUCCUUCCUCAUCAGCUCACUACACAUUCUCCUACUCAGCAACUCACAUUACAUCCUUCAUUUUCUCCUCAACAGCUCUCCCCACAUUCAUUGUCUUCUUCGCAGCAGCUCUCCCCACAUUCUUCCUCUCCUCAGCAGCUCUCCCCACAUUCUUCCUCUCCUCAGCAGCUCUCCCCACAUUCUUCCUCUCCUCAGCAGCUCUCCCCACAUUCUUCCUCUCCUCAGCAGCUCUCCCCACAUUCUUCCUCUCCUCAGCAGCUCUCCACACAUUCUUCCUCUCCUCAGCAGCUCUCCACACAUUCUUCCUCUCCUCAGCAGCUCUCCACACAUUCUUCCUCUCCUCCUUAUCAGAACACUACACACUGCUCCCCUCCUAAUCAAAACUCUCCACGUUGCCCACUUCCUCUACAGAACUCUGCACACUGCCUCCCUCUGCAGCAGAAUGGCACACAUGGGCCAACUCCUCAACAGCGCCCCGCAAACCACCCAUCUCCUCAUCAGAACUCCACACACUGCCCACCUCCUCAACAGAACUGUUCACACUCCUUACCUUCUCAACAGUGCUCUGCACAGCACUCACCUCCUCAACAGAGCUAUGCACACUGCAUAACUCCUCAACAGAGCUCCACAAGCCACCAACCUUCUCAACAGAACUCUGCACACUGCCCACUUCUUCUACAGAACACUGCACAGUGCCCGUGUCCUCAGCAGAGCUCUGUACACCACCCAGCUCCUCAACAAGACUCCACACACUGCCUAGCAUCUCAGGAGAAUUCUGCAUGUUGCUUGCCUCAUCAACAAAGCUCCACACACUGCUCUCCUUCUCCACAGAACUCCACACAUUCUGCCCCUGUAAUCACAACAACCGACACUAACCAGCAAGCCCCAGUGCCUUCUACCCAUUCUGCCCCAGCAUCUCCCACUAAGACCAACCAACAGCAGAGCACUAGCCAGCCAAACAAGGAAACCAGUCUGCCCCCCUCAGCUUCUCAGCCAAUCCAAAAUGAGGCAGUAUUACCCACUGUUUCUCCUCAUUCUUUGCACCAGAUUGACCAAAUCCCAAUAUCAGAGUCUGUUCCAGCCCAGCCUCACAGCAAUGGAAUGCCAUCAAUUUCUAAUUCAGAGACUCCCAAUUUAUCUCCUUCUUCUCCUGUUUUACCUCAACCACCAAUUGGUAGUCUGAAUGGCUCUUCCUCACCUGAACCCCACGUGCCAGGCUUUGCAACUCUGGGCAGGAAGUUGAUGUUGGGUACAGAAUCCACCCUAUCUGGAGAUCCAGAUACCAGUUGCAGCACCGCUGAUGCUUACCCUCUUAUUGACAACACUGCCACACAGCCUCCUUUGCCAGAGAAAAGACGACAGGGUACCCAGCCAGACUCACCCAAUGGAAGGUCAGGCACCUUAAGAGCAUCCACGAGUCAUUCCCCCUCUGGCCAACACCAUGUUACCUUCUCACCAUUGGUAGGAGCUGUGACUGUACCAUGUGGGCAGAAUGAUGGGCUGGAAGAGGGUGAAACAGGCACCAGGGUCAGUGUGAAGUUUGUGCAGGACAGCUCCCGUUUCUGGUACAAGCCUGGAAUCUCCAGAGAACAAGCAAUUGCAGCUCUGAAGGAAAAGGAGCCGGGUGCAUUCGUCAUCAGGGACAGUAACUCCUUCCAGGGGGCUUAUGGUUUGGCCCUCAAAGUGGCCUCACCACCUGCCAACAUCAGCAGCCAUUCCAGCAAAGGAGAUCCUCUGGAACAGCUGGUGAGACAUUUCCUAAUUGAGACUGGACCGAGAGGGGUGAAAAUCAAAGGCUGUCAAAAUGAGCCUUACUUUGGGAGUUUAUCGGCGCUGGUAUAUCAGCAUUCCAUUACACCCAUCUCUCUGCCCUCGGCUCUCCGCAUCCCUGACAAAGAUCCCAUAACAGAGAUCCAGGAAGUGCAGCCUGUCAGCAACAUGAGCACAGCAGCAGACUUACUGAAACAGGGAGCAGCAUGUAAUGUGCUGUACCUGAACUCGGUGGAGACUGAGUCUCUCACAGGACCACAGGCAGUAGCUAAAGCGACAGGCAUGAUGAUGUCACUAAGCCCUCGGCCUUUAGCCACGGUAGUGCACUUUAAAGUGUCGACACAGGGCAUCACUCUGACUGACAGUCAGCGCAGGGUUUUCUUCAGGAGGCACUACCCAAUUAACAGUGUGACUUUUAGCAGCAUUGAUCCACAGGACAGGAGGUGGACUAACUCAGACAGCACAACAACUAAAGUGUUUGGGUUUGUAGCUAAGAAACCAGGCAGCGUGGCAGAGAACGUGUGUCACCUGUUUGCCGAACUCGACCCGGAGCAGCCAGCCACUGCCAUCGUUAACUUCAUCAACAAAGUCAUGUUGGGGCCACAGCAGCGCUAGAGGAAGAAGAAGGCAGAAAACUACUACACUCCCUGCCAGGAAAAAAGACGUACGAGUUACCAAAGCACUGAAAACUAGUUUGUUGUGUAGAUAAAGUGCUUCAAGACCAAAUCAAAGUGAGUCCAAUAAACAGUGACACACAUGUCGUAUAUAAAUAAAUCAUAACACACUACUAGAAGUCAUAAUCAUUGAGGUAGGAAUAUUACUGAGCACUGUUGCUUUCUUUUAUACAUGAAAAGUGUCUUAGUGUCAGAAUAACAAAGCACAUGCACUCAGAAAUACCAAAUAUCUCCACAGCUGACAAUCAACAGACUUUCUGUAUGUAUUUUAUUAAUCAGCUUUAAGUAGUUGAAUAGCGACUAGCUGCUAUAAGUGUCUGAUCAGGGACACGGUAGAAGAGAGUACAAAAGAAUGUUUGAGAGAGUCCGAGAUUUACUGGGAUUUAAAGGUGGCGUGAGGAAAGGAAGUGCGCCGGGCUUUCAGAAGGGUGUGUGAGGUGCAGGCAUACAGCGGUGGUAACAAUAGUGUAAAUAGGUUCAUCUAGAGUCGUAUAAGUUUGUCAUGUUUUUCAGACAGAUUGACAUGUAGAAUGAAGUUAAACAGACAAAAGAUUUGAUAAUAAGCUUUCCGCUUCCACUGCUGUACUCAACAUUGGUCGUUUUAUUGCAGCAUAAUCAACCUGCCGAGAAAAAUCCAGCAAUACAAGUUGUUGUUUUUUUUUUUUUUUUUAAAUACACAGCCCUAAAAAAGAAAGAAAUGUAUCAAAAUUUAUAUAUUAAUGUAAUUCAUUUUCAUGUCUUAACCAUGUUCCUGUAAAAAAGGAGGUUUAAAGUUUGAACUAAAAUGCUUUGCUCAGCACUCAUAUUUAUUCAGCUUUAUUCAGUAACGAUUCAAACGUCCUGUAUUUUGUUGCAUGUAUCAGAGUCAUUAUGGCUUUCUAAGAGACAGACAUGUCCGACAGCUUUAAUAUAUUGUACUCUGUAUUUUUCUUGUCGAUCGUUGUAUUUAGUAAUAUAUUCACACAGAUGCAGCUCAGAAAGUAAUUAAAAUACUUAAUGGAAGGAAACUUUUAUAUUAAAUGGAUUUGUAAACUGCUAUUUUUUCAAUAUAAGCAUAAAUGAAUAUAAUAAAUAUAAAGCUGUGGUACCAA